AUGGCUCGAUUCAACCUGCUCGCGGCCCUCUCGGCGGCUUGUGCCACGGCCUCCGCCCUCGUCCCGAGACAGGCCGUCCCGGACAGCAACAACAACGCCGCCGCCGCCGCCUCCGCUCCCACCGUCGACCUCAAGAACGGCUCCUACUACGGCGUCUACAGCCCCUCCUACGACCAGGACUUCUUCCUCGGCAUGCCCUAUGCCCGCCCCCCCGUCGACGACCUCCGCUUCCGCGUGCCCCAGCCCCUGAACUCCUCCUGGGAGGGCACCCGCAACGCCACCGAGUACUCCCCGCUGUGCUUCGGCUACGGCAGCGACACCUGGGUCCUGGGCAACCACGUGUCCGAGGACUGCCUCACCAUCAACGUCGUCCGCCCUCACGGCGUCGCCGCCGACGCCAAGCUCCCCGUCGCCCUCUGGAUCCACGGCGGCGGCCUGACCAACGGCGGCAGCGCCGACCCCCGCUACAACCUCUCCUUCAUCGUCGACCAGGGCGUGAGCAUGGGCACCCCCUUCGUCGCCGCCAGCAUAAACUACCGCCUGCACGCCUGGGGCUUCCUGUGGAGCGACGAGCUCAAGGCCGAGGGCGCCGGCAACCUCGGCUUCCGCGACCAGCGUCUCGCCCUGCACUGGGUCCGUGAGAACAUCGCCGCCUUCGGCGGCGACCCGACCCAAGUCACCCUCUGGGGCGAGAGCGCCGGCGCCCGCAGCGUCUCCACGCAGAUGCUUGCCUACGGCGGCCGCGACGACGGCCUCUACCGCGCCGCCAUCCUGCAGAGCGGCACCGGCCUCGGCACCAACUUUGGCGAAGUCGAGUCCGCCGCCACCACCACCUGGCAGGACUACUACGACGGCAUCGUGGCCAAGGUCAACUGCACCUCGGCCGCCAGCACCCUCGCGUGCCUCCGCCGCGUGCCGGCCUGGGACCUGAGCAACGUCAUCAACGCCACCGCCGCGACCCCCGACUUCUCCGGCGUGGUCGACGGCGACUUCCUCGUCGCCGCGCGCCACGAGCUCGUCAACGAGGGCCGCUUCACCCACGUCCCGCUCAUCAUCGGCACCAACUCGGACGAGGGCACCCAGUUCGGCGUCAAGGGCGUCAACACCACCGAGCAGUGGUGCGCCUACCUCCGCUCCGGCGGCGCCGGCAACGUCACGACCGACGUCCUCUCGGCCCUUUACCCGGACAUCCCGCGCCUCGGCAACCCGGCGGUCCUCGAGGGCCGCCCGACAGGCGCCGACGCCUGGUACGGCGCCAUGUGGAAGCGCGUCAACGCCUUCGCCGGCGACCGGGCCCAGCACGCGCCCCGCCGCCUCUUCGCCCGCCGCUGGGCCGCCGCGAACCAGACCGUCUACUCGUACAACUUCAACGUGCUGGUCAACGGCCUGCCGCCCGUCCGGGGCGUCGACCACUUCCAGGAAGUCGCCUUCGUCUUCGACAACACGGGCGGCCUCGGCUACGAGACCGCCGUCGCCGUCGACCCCUUCCAGGGCAAGCCCGAGACCUACAAGCAGCUGGCCGGCCUCAUGUCGCGCAUGUGGGUCGCCUUCAUCGCCAAGGGCGACCCGAACCGGAGCGGCGCGAGCAACGUCACCUGGCCGGCGUACCGCCCCGAGAGCCCCGAGAUCAUCAGCUUCGACGCCAACGUCACCUCGCUGGCGCGCGUCCUGCCCGACACCUACCGCACGGAGCAGAUGGAGUACCUCAUCCAGAAGCUGUGGUCGUGA